GCCUCAACUGGAACUUGUAAUUUGGAUUUGAGCCAAAAUAAUUUGCGUCGGACCACCACUUCCUCUGGUUUCAACCACCUCAAUUUUGGCACUGUCUUACUUACUUGCCCUCUUGCUGACGAUGGGUAGCAGCGAUGGAGGCGGAGGAGAUCAGCUGAAGCAAAUGGCGGGCCUGAACAAAGCCCUAAAAGAGGGGGAGAGGAUUCUGGCGCCGACAAGGCGACCCGAUGGUACUCUUCGAAAACCCAUUCGGAUUAGGGCUGGCUAUGUUCCGCAGGAAGAAGUCGCCGUUUAUCAGUCCAAAGGGUCUUUGUGGAAAAAGAUGGCAUCCCAUGACGGGCCUCCUGGUUAUGAUCCACCAUCAGAUGUAAAAUCAAAGAGCAAGUCUGCCAAGCGGAAUGAGAGAAAGAAAGACAAGCGAGUACAGGCAGCUCAUGAAAAUGACAAAAUUUUGGAACAAGUUGAUGCUGGAGAGAUCAUUGAAGCAAAGGAAUCAUAUGUCGAUAAUGUGUCGGAACCUGUCCAGUCAUUAAGUACCCAGAUGAAUGAACUUGCUGUUUCUACGAAUCAAAAGAUUGAAAACCCUUCUUCUGAGCCAAUGGAUGAUCAGCGGCUUCCUUCCAAUGACAUCGACAAGAGAAUUAGAGCAAUAAAAAAAAAGAUUCGAAUUGCAGAAGCUCAGUUGCAGAAAACGCCACAGCAAGAUAUGAAGCCCGAGCAGUUGAACAAGUUAUCCAAACUCGAAGAGUGGCAUUCCGAACUAACGCUUCUAGAAGAACAAAGGCGAAAACUAAACACAUCGACGUGAAUGACUGCAACGCAGCAUUAUUGUUCACUUUACUUAUGCUUAACGAAGAAAGAGACUUGGAAUUGCUGCAACUUGAAAAUCUGGUCGCCUGUAAAACUCAUUUGCUUAAUAUGUUGUGCAAUAUCAUUUCAACUAGUUCUAGGAACCCGCUUGAACUGUAGAUAGUGUUGAAAACAUUGAUUUUCUUUCGCCCGAACAUGAUUUAAAGUGAUUUUGAAUCAAAAUCAUCGUGUUUGAUCAA